ACAAGUACGAUUGAAAAACUAAUCAAAGAAUUUAAAGUCCAAGAAAGAAAAUAUUGAAAAAUCAACGAGAGAAAAAAACGCAACAAACGUAUAACAACAAAAGAAAACCUUCAAUGGAUCAGCAUACAGUCAAGGAUGAAGCGAAGGCUAUUGUGCCAAAAACCUAUAAAUACGAGUUGCUGCAUAAUUUAAUCGAGCAUAUACCUCUGCCUUCUUGCUCAAACUCAUUAGCAAAAAAUGCAAAUGACGGUAGCGUUAGUGGCCAAACAUAUUUAACACGUGGUGACUUCUAUUACUACCAUUAUGGAUGUGAUGGACACCUAGAUCAAGGUUGGGGUUGUGCCUAUCGAACUCUACAAACUAUGAUCUCUUGGAUAUUGAAUAAAGGGUUUUGUAACACUCAGUUAAAUGUUCCCAGUUUGCGGGAAAUACAAGAGACAUUGGUACGCAUUGAAGAUAAACCUAAAGGUUUUGUGUGUUCUCGUGACUGGAUUGGUGCUUUGGAAGUGUUUUAUGUUGUUGAUUCUCUGUAUGAUGUACCUUGUAAAAUUAUUCAUAUUACACGUAGUGAAGAAUUAAACGACUAUGUUGAUACAUUAAUUUCAUAUUUCAAUGACUAUGGCGGUUUUGUUAUGAUGGGUGGUGAUAUGGAUGCUGCAUCAAAGGGUAUAGCAGGAGUGCAUACUAAUGGCAAGGAUACGUAUCUUUUAAUAGUGGAUCCCCAUUAUUCUGGUGUGCCAGCAUCCAUACACGAUCUCAUUAAAGACGGCUUUAUACGUUGGCAAAAUAUUAAAGAAUUUGUGGAUAGUUCCUUUUAUAAUAUCUGCUUACCAUACCUUAAAUAAGAUAUGAUACAUUAAUUAUACUACUUAUACACAUUCAUAAUAUUAAAUAUACAUAUAAAGAUAAAGACAAUAAAAUAAAACACAAUUAAUAAAGGAACUGUUAGCAAAUUCUUUAUUAACAAAAACAUGAACUAAA